GUCACCCCACGAAGACAAUUAGCCAAUUAAGAUCUCCCAAGAGGCUAUAAGACAGGCUGAGAAAAGCGGCGGCCUCUCAAUAAAAUACAGUAUUUUUGAGAGGCGAUCACACAUCGAGGAAAAUGAACGGAGUCCAUGGGAAACCUGCUUGCCGCCCGCCGCUGCAGCUGUUUAACUGCACCCACGCCAACUGUGGAGCGACUUUCACCAGACAGUGGAGGCUGAAGGAGCACGAGACGGCGCACACCGGGGCGCGCCCGUGCCAGUGCACCAUUGCUGGCUGUGGUCGUCGUUUUACAAGAAAAUCCCACCUGAGCCGCCACAUGCUUCAGCACAGAGGCUUAAAGCAAUUCAGAUGCAAAUUCACGAGCUGCACGACGAGUUUCUUCAACUCAGGCCAGCUAAAGAGGCACAUGCGCUACACCCACGGGGACAAAGACAAGUACUUCAAGUGUAACCAGCCGAACUGCUCCUUGACCUUCAAAAAACGCAGAAUGUUAAAACUGCACUUGAAACAACACGAAGCGCCUGCUAAAUUCAAGUGUUCAAAGGAUAGGUGCACAUCCACAUUCGACUCUCAUAUCGCCCGUAGAGCCCAUGAGAAGAAGCAUGCAGGCUACCGUUGCCCUCAUGUUAACUGCCAGGUGCUCGAACAUUCCUGGGGAAAACUACAGAAGCAUAUGACCAAACACCCAGCCACAUUCACAUGCCAAGUAUGCAAGAAGGAGUUCAAGAAACGUGAUGCUCUGCGGAAGCACAAACGGAUCCAUGCAUCACAUAAGCCUGUGUUGGUGUGCCCCAGGGAAGACUGCCAGGCCUACUUCUCUACCACCUUUAACCUGCAGCACCACAUCCGCAAGGUGCACCUCGAGCUCCUCAAAUACAAAUGCUCCUUUCCAGACUGUCCACGCACGUUUGCUAUGCGGGAGAGUAUGACCAGACACCUGCUACGCCAUGACACAAGCGCCAGCUCACUGAAGAAACGUCAGCGUCCUAAGAAGUCGUGGCAGAAGCGUCUGGAUGGACACCAUCUACCCAUUGUAGAAGAAAACUUGCACCGCCUCUUUGCUCUGCGCAUGCGGGUGUCCCGACGUACUAAAGUGGAAACUAACCUUUCGGGCCUCUUCAAUGAACGCAAGAUCCCUCAUUAUGUCGACCCAGAAGUCAACCUACGCAAUCUGUUUCGCAUGGAAAAGCCUCGAUUGGUUGAAGAAAAGCCUGAGGUUCCACCAUUAAAAUGUUAAAUUCAAACUAGAGAAACACUGGAUUCUUAUUUAAGUUUGAACUUUGAUCAUACUGUAUGCUUUAUUUUAGUUGGACUGUUUUUUUCUCUGUAAUUUGAGAAAUAGAAAUUGGGUCCCCUUAGUUAAAUCUUAAUGUAGCCUGCAUACAUUAAAAUAUUUGAAUUCCAGGGUAAUUAUUUGAAGGGAUUUGACAAAUAAGAUGUCAAACAUCAAUUUAAGUUUUAAUGAAGACAUACAAAGCUGCUCUUGUAAUAUUGCACUUAUUGACCCAAUAAAAUGUGUUGCAUUUUGA